ACGUGCUUCCAUCGAUCAAUCGAUGUUUCUGGUGAAUCCCACACCCUGCACUAUUAAAGCAAGAGAAAAAACUCUGUGAUUCCAUCAAUUAAUUUAUCGAAAUGGCUGUUUUAGUGUCCAGGAAGAAGCAGAGGCUGUCUAAGAAAUUAGAGGCUGAUGAAGUAGGUUUCUUGUGUUUAUUUCUUGAAAAGGUUAUGCUAAGGGUGCCAGCAGCCUUUUUCAUCCUAGCUUUCAUCUACAUUUGGUCUUCUUCCACCACCAUUCUUUCCGGCGACAUCGUUCAUGUCUGCGUAUCGUCUAGGAAGCUCAACAAUCUCUACUGCCUCUCCGCCGGCACUCAACCCAACUUCAACAUCGUCCAAAACAGCACUACAACUGCUGAUUUUGGUUCCAUGAUUCCUAAUAUUGAGAAUUACAGUGCGGUGGGAAAUGCAUACGAAGUGGUUGAGGAGCAGCUGCAGCUGCACCGAUCAUGGAGAUCGAGUUCAUCAAAUCCCACAACGUGUCAAGGAAGGGGUAUUUACGUUUACGAGCUGCCAUCCAAGUUCAACAAGGACUUGGCAGCUCAAUGCCACGACAUGAUCCCGUGGCUCGACUUCUGCACCUACUUGAGCAACGGCGGGCUAGGGGAGGCCGUGGAGGAGCUCGGCAGCGGCUGGUACAACACGCACCAGUACGCGCUGGAGCCCAUCUUCCACGCGCGUGUGCUGAAUCAUCCCUGCCGAGUUCACGACGCGAGCGAGGCGAAGCUCCUCUACGUGCCCUACUACGGCGGCCUCGACGUCCUCAGAUGGCACUUCAACAACGUCACCAACUCCGUCAAGGACGCCCUCUCGUUAGACCUCGUGAGGUGGCUCCAAACGCAGUCGUCGUGGUACAAAAACAUGGGCAAGGACCAUGUGUUGGUGCUUGGUAAAAUCUCGUGGGAUUUCCGGAGAAACGAGAGGGAUUCGUGGGGUACGAGGCUGCUGGAGCUCGACGAGAUGCAAAAUCCGAUCAAGCUCUUGAUUGAACGCCAUCCCUGGCGAGUAAACGACAUCGGCAUUCCCCAUCCGACUUUCUUCCACCCGCACACCGACGCCGACAUCGUGUCGUGGCAGAUUAAGAUGAGUAGAUCCGCCACGAGGAAUGUCGUCGUCGGCUUCGCUGGGGCAGCGAGGCCCGGCUCGGCGGAGAGCAUCCGCUCGGUACUGAUCGAGCAAUGCACCUCCGCCGGGGACGGGGAGUGCAGGUUCCUCAACUGCACGUCGGGGCAGUGCGACCGCCCCGACUCGAUUGUGGGGCUGUUUGCGGAGGCUGAGUUCUGUCUGCAGCCUCCGGGAGACAGCCCCACGAGGAAAUCGGUAUUUGAUUCGCUGGUUGCGGGGUGCAUUCCGGUGCUGUUUGAUCCGAUGACGGCUUACUAUCAGUAUGCGUGGCAUCUUCCGGAAGAGAGGGACAAGUAUUCGGUUUUCAUCGACAAAGAAGAAGUGAGGAACAAGAGUGUGAAUGUUGUGGAGAGGCUCGUCAGUAUUCCGGCCAGAGAAAGGGAGAACAUGAGGAGAUAUAUUGUUUACGAGCUGUUGCCUGGACUAAUUUAUGGAGAUUUGGAUUCCAAAUUCGACAAGUUUCAAGAUGCAUUUUCCAUAACCAUCAAUAGUUUGCUCGAGAGUACUGUUAGCAGAUUGAGUCGUGUAUGAAGAUUACGAGUUUGUUCUUAUGUUUAUAUGUAUUAUAUAUGUCAAUACACAAAAUUAUUAAUUUUCAUAAAACAAAAAUAAAAAGUAUUCACUAAGAUUUUUUUUUUUAAACUUAAAAACUUAACCAUUUUUUUAUGUAAGAUUAUAAUUUUACUCUUAUCAUUAAUUUUUCACACUACUACAAAUUCUCUCGUAGCCUACAGUUUUAAACCAUAGACUAUGAUAAUUUUAUUCUUAUGUAAGAUACAAAUAUGUACCCUCGAUCGAAAGCAAAGAGACAAAUGAAGAAGAAGAAGAAGAGUGGGAAAUAGCAAAACGAGAUGAAUUCAGCUCAUGGCAAUUUCUACUACUACUCGAUGAUUUACAAGUGGUGCGUUGGAGAGCUGAUGAAACUAACUUCCCUAGACUCUGCCAUCUCAUUAUACAAUCUAGAGGAAAUCCCCACCGGCAUUGGAGAAAUCCCAACCCUCCAAUUAAUCCACUUAGGGUGUGUUCUCUUUGGUUGUAAAUUUGUCAUGGGAAAAGGAAUGAUAAACAAAAUUUCACCCUUUAAA